GCCCCGCUCGGGCCCCGGGGCGGGCGUCCGUGCUGAGCCGGGGCCUGGGGUACCCCCAGCCCCCUUGGAGGCUCGGCCAGGCCGUGGGGUGCCAGGCGGGUGAGCCCCCGGCCGUGUGGCAUGCUCCAGAUGUGCCACAUCCACGGGCUCCCGCAUGCCCGUCGGCCUCUGAUCCCUCCCCCUGAGAGGCACCUGUGUCUGACAGGUUCAGGCUUCGCUGCCUCCCGCAACGUGCCAGGAUGCUGCUGGGCCCAGGGAUGCACGACUGCGCCGGACGCGCUCCCUCAGCCAAAAAGCAGGAGUUCAGGAUGGUUCCCCCACCACCUGUCAGCAAGCCCCAUGUGUGCCUCUCCACAGUGCUCAUCAUGACCAGCCUCGUCCUCAUGGAUGCCUACCUGGUGGAGCAGAGCCAGGGCUCCAGGAAGCUGGGCAUCAGUGUCAUGGUGGCAGUGGGUGACAUAUGCUUCCUGCUGGUCCUCCGCUAUGUGGCUAUCUGGGUUGGGGCAGAGGUAAAGACAGCUAAGCGAGGAUAUGCCAUGAUCCUCUGGUUCCUGUACGUCUUCGUUCUGGAGAUCAAAGUCUACUUUGUAUACCAGAAUUAUAAAGCCGACCGGAAAAGCUUGGAUCUCAUAGCCCGCAAAGCGUUGACCUUGCUGCUCUCCAUCUGCAUCCCAGCUCUCUAUGUGUUGCUGGUGGCCACAGAGCACAUGGAGUAUGUCAGAACAUUCAAGAAGAAGGAAGAUCUCCGCAACCGCCUUUUCUGGGUCAUUGUGGACAUGCUGGACGUGCUGGACAUCCAGGCCAACCUGUGGGAGCCUCAGAAGAAAGGGCUGCCGCUCUGGGCUGAGGGCAUCAUGUUCUUCUACUGCUACAUCUUGCUCCUGGUGCUGCCGUGCGUGUCCCUGUGCGAGAUCAGCAUGCAGGGGAUCGGCAUCGUGCCGCACCGCAUGAUGCUGUACCCCAUGCUGAGCAUGCUCACCGUCAACAUCGCCACCAUCUUCAUCCGAGGCAGCAACAUGAUCUUCUUCAGGGAUGCCCGGGUCUCCAGCAUCUUCAUGGGCAAGAACAUGCUGGCCAUUGGUAUGAAGGUCUGUAUGUUUGUGCAGUACCAGCGGCACCAGCACCACGCCCCGCCGGGGCCGGACCCGCAGCACAGCACCCCAGCCCAGCCGCCCACGGGGCUGCGCAAGGCCCGGGACCAGCCUGCCUGCCCCGAGGAGCUGGCCCAGGACAACACGUGACGAGCCAGCAGGAGCUACAGCCCGGGCAUCCCCGUGCCUGGCCGUACCUACAAACCCAGGGCAGGCUGUGGAGUUCCCUGCCUGGACAGAGGGCAACGACCCUGCUCCCUCCUUCCCUGGGUGAAACUGCUCAGGGCCCCGAGGGGCACAUGGUGAGGGCCCCCACAGCAGCCUCUGUAAGGCUGCAGAGCAGUUUGGAACCUCAGCACCCCACCUGGUAAGACAGCGGAGCAGGGGACAAGGCCAGGGCCACCUGCCGUGAGUUGUGUCUGGGUGGGGCCAGGCAGCCCUACCCGGUGCAAGGCUCCCUACCAGUGCUCCCUGUGCAGCACUGCUCUCUGGCCAGCCAGGGUGCUACACGGGGACACGGCAGGUCACACACUUUUCUGUUGUGGUUGGCCCUGGCUCCAGUGUGGUCCUUGGCAGCAGCCUGCUCCCCACUGUGUGAGCCGAGUGCCCAUGCAGGGGGAGCAAGUCCUGGGCCUCUCCCUGUUGUCACCCCUCUCAGCCAGCUGCAGGCUUGGGGGGACCCAAAAAGGGGUGACUGUCCUUUUUUUGUAUCUCCCUCUUUGCAAUAAAAGACCUGAGCCCUGCA